AUUGAAUCGAACCUUUCGUAUGCUGCUGAUGGUGCUCCGGAACACUUCUGCUGAAAGCACAGAAUGCGCGCAUUUUCACACGACACAUCGAAGGAAAUGUUCGUAUAGUAUCAUUGAGAAAAAUCGAUUAGGGACGAACUUCAUCGUUUGGAUAAUUCGCGUGUGAAAUUGACCGAUCCACGGAACUUGGUUCGCCAUGGACAGGAGAAAAAUGUCUACAGCAGGGGAUUCCCUCUAUCAGACUUUAGAAGUUCCGAAAACCGCUACUUCAGAAGAAAUUAAAAAGACGUAUAGAAAACUGGCCCUGAAAUAUCAUCCUGACAAAAAUCCUAACAAUCCAGAGGCAGCUGAAAAGUUUAAAGAAAUAAAUAGGGCGCACGCUAUACUGACAGAUCUAACGAAACGUAAUAUAUAUGAUAACUAUGGAUCUCUUGGUUUAUACGUCGCAGAGCAAUUUGGAGAAGAAAAUGUUAACGCCUAUUUUGUUGUUACCUCUGGAUGGUGCAAGGCACUGUUCAUAAUUUGUGGACUAAUUACUGGUUGUUAUUGUUGCUGCUGUUGUUGCUGCUGUUGCUAUUUCUGUUGCGGUAAAUGCAAACCAGCUCCUCCUGAAGAUAGCGGUGCAUAUCAUAAUUUACAGCGGAACCUGAAUCCAGAGGCUGUUGUGACAAAUCAACCGCGAGGUUUUGGCAAGGAAGAUGAAAGCGAUGAUGAUGCUGUGACAGCUCAACCUCAAAGUGGUGGAUCACAAAAUACAUCUAAUACACAGCAACCAAUAUUUGCCAUGCCUGCACCAGGAUCAGCGGCACCAACGUCGACGGCUAACGAAAGCACGAACCUAAACAGCGGCGGUGAACGUGUGAUUUAUACCACUGCGGCUGCCACAAAUCCAUUCAUAGGAGCCAAUGCAGCUACAAGUGACACGGGACCAACCAGAUGGUAGACUGAAUACGUGAAAAAUCCAUCAUAAACAUUAAAUUCAUAUUUAUAGUGCCGGAUCUCUACAAUAGCUCAUUAACAUAGAUCAUAAAUUGAUUGUCUUGAUAAAAUAGACGGUGAUCGGUUUAGCAUUAUAACUUUUCCUCCUUUUCGUUUUUUGUAUAUACAGUCUGUAUAUUAUUCUGUAAAUCAUUAUUACGUUAUAUUUAUUUAAAUGGUCUCGAUAUAGGUAUGUAUCGCUCAUUUGCUACAACGACAUAACACAAAAAUUAUCAUUUUCGAAUUGUUUGCAACAAAUCAAACAAGUCCUUGGAUCUUUAAAUGAAGAGCUAAUGAUAUUUUUAUUCCCCUACAAUCAGGUAUUACAUUAAAGUCGCAUUUAAAAAUAAUAUUACAAUGUUCGAACUCAUUUUCUGAAAAACUUUGAUGUUGAAUUAUGUCCUUAAUUGUUGCAGCAAAUGAGCGACAUUCUCUCCUACGUAAUUUAACACAGUGAUCUUCCAUUAUACAGGAACCUAUACUAUUUUACAAUUUUCUUAUACAUCAAGGUAUGCAUUAUACUUAAACUUUCCCAAUUUGAAAAGUAUUAUUUUUUUUUAUGUUUUGUGUGUUCCUAUAAUAAAAUUUUUAAAAGAUUAGCACAUAUGAGCGAAAAGUAAAAUAAGAUGAAGCCUUGAUAAAAAAUAUGAAUUCUUAUACUAAUUGUAAAACGUAAAAUUACUCAGUAAUAUAUAACGAAAGAUAAUGUUUUUCUUCUCUCUAGAAUGUUUGCACAUAGUUAUUGAUAUCUUGUGAUCCACCCACCCGUCUCCAGUUAAGUUCUUGAGAUAAUGUAAUAUUUGACUAUAAUAUACUAUAUAAUUGUAUAAUUGACUAUAUAAUUAUACAUAAUGUAGAAAACGUAAGUCAUUCAUCAUUUUUUAAUAAAUUUUAAGUCAGCUAUUCGUUGGAAGCCUAA